UUAAUUUUAGGUACCUAUAGUUGUUUUAUUAACCACUAGAAACAUAUUAAUUGGACAUAUAGGUAGGUACCUUCUAGACACUACAGUGUUAAACGUACCUAAAUAGGCUCUAAGAAUUUUUUUAAAAGUGUCUACUGCCUUAAUAGUUCAAAUCUACACAGCACGCUACACGCCCAGUCGGAUUACCAUCAAUUGAUUAAUAUUUAUCAGGUAUUUACAAUUUUAACCAAAUUGUAUCUUUUAUAGCUCUAAAAUUAUUGGCCUAUAUGGCUAGCCAUAUGACUCAUCCAUGCAAUAUAAUCGGCAACGGAAUCAGUUACUACUAACUAUAAUAACUAUUAUAAAUUAUAUAUCACAACCAAUGCACUUCAGAAAUAAAGUCUGCAGACUAUAAACAACAUAAUAAUACGUAUAAGCGCCUAGGGUUGUAUAUAGUCGUGUAUAAAAUGUAAUUGAUUUUUAUUUUAACAGCUGCGCCCAAAUGUUCUGGCGUCAAACAACACGAAUCUCACAACAUGGAAACCGACACUUUGGGUUUUACGUUUACGUGGCGUAAACAUUGUUAAAACAUUUAAACCACAACGGUCGUAAAUUAGAUUUUUAAGACACCAGUGUCUUCAAAAAUGUUAAGCUGUUAAAUUAUUAAUUAUCUUCCCCUUCUACAGUCGCCUCUUUGAAAAACAAAAAACAAAAAAUAUAAAUUGUGAAUUGUGAAUUUAAACAUAUUCAGUACUCAAAAUGGAUCGCCGACAAUCACAAGCGUGUCUGCAAGUGACGGACCCAUUGAAUUUCGGUAUCGAUAGAAUACUGAAUACUAACACUGACUCGGAUCGAUCGACGAAUAAAAAAGGAAAGUGCAUCGGUAGAGCUGUGUUCACGGUCACUCAAAAGAAUUGGUUAGAAUACUAUUUCCAAAUGGAAAAAUAUAUUACCAAACAAAACAGAAAGAUAUUGGCUUCCAGUCUUGGACUUACAGACUUGCAGCAUCUUUUCUAGUAGGUAAAAGUAUGGUUUCAAAAUAGAAGGAUGAAAUGGCGGCAUACCACAGCUGCCACGUCUUUAAGUAAAUAGAGCUCCAAAAAUGUCGUAAAACUUUUCAUUU